AUGAACCCCUUCGCCUGGUCCCCGCCGCCGCCGCCGGGGCUCCCCCCGCCCUUCUUCUGCCCGCCGCCCACCUGGGAGCCCAGCUUCUGGGCUCCCCCCGCGCCCUUCCCGCCGCCCGGCCGCUACCCUCCUCCUGACGGCUACUCGUCCACCGACGGCUACUCGCAGCCCGCCGAGGGCUACUCGUCCACCAAGGGCUACUCGCAGCCCGCCGAGGGCUACUCGUCCACCGAGGGCUACUCGCAGCCCACUGAGGGCUACUCGUCCACCAAGGGCUAUUCGCAGCCCACUGAGGGCUACUCGUCCACCGACGGCUACUCGCAGCCCACUGAGGGCUACUCGUCCACCGACGGCUACUCGCAGCCCGCUGAGAGCUACCCCCAGCCUGCCAAGAGCUACCCGCCUGCCCAGAGCUACCCGCCGCCCACUGACAGCUACCCACCCGCCGAGAGUUACCUGCCACCCGCUGACAGCUACCCACCCGCUGACAGCUACCCGCCACCCAAGAGCUACCUGCCCCCUGAGAACUACCCGCCUGCUGACAGCUACCUGCCGCCCACCACCUGGUACCCUCCAGCCUACGGAGAGCGACCGCAGGGCCCGCGCUCUGGUGGAAAUGGCAAUUUUUCCCAGAAAUGGCAAGGCGAGCAAGCGCCUGGGUUUACCAAACGUUUUCCAGAAGAAAAUAACAAGCCAAAGACCAAAAAGAAAAAAGAGCCAGUUUUCUCUCAUUAUUGUGAUACCUGUGACCGUGGCUAUAAAAACCAGGAGAAGUAUGAUGAACAUAUUUCACAACAUAAACAGUGCACAGAAGAAGGUUGCAAUUUCAGCGCACACGAGAAGAUAGUUCAGAUACACUGGAAGAAUGCCCAUGCACCUGGUGCUAAAAGAAUAAAAUUAGAUAGUCCAGAAGAGAUCGCUAGGUGGAGAGAAGAAAGAAAAAAAAAUUUCCCUACAUUGGCAAACAUUGAAAGGAAGAAGGCAAUGCAGAUGCAGAAGGAAGAAAGGGGAGAAGUGCUGACUACCCAACAGUUUGGCAAAAUGAAAGGGAUGUGGAAACCUCCAGAAAAUGAAGGGAGGCUGGGGCAGCAAGGAAGACAGAGGAGAAGACAAAGGCGCCCGUUCUGGAAGAAAUUUAGGAAUAAUGGUGACAAUUAUAAUGUACAUAGAACGCAAAAUGAAGCCAAUGGACCAGAAAACGGCAUGUGUGAAAAGGAACAUGAAAAACGGCGUGCUUUGGCAGCUCAGCCAUACGUGAAGGACAUGGACCCUCUCAGUCUUCUGGCAAACAGUGAUGUUGAAUCCGACAAGGACGAAGCAGCAGCCGAAGACGGGAGGCUGGGAUUGACUGUUGUUCCCAAGCAGGUCACCUCUGCCCUGAGUUCGUUGUCAGCCAACUACGGCAGCGCAUCUGACAGCGAGCCCGAAGAAAUCCCUGUCAAGACUGCAACAAAAGCUGAGAAAAACCAGGCUGCGCUCAGAAAUACGCCUCAAACUACUUAUGUUCCUUCGAGUCGAGACCCAAACCAAAAAUGUCCAGAAUAUGCAGGCACGACGUUAAGAAGCUCGAAUUCAAAUGCACGUCCCCCCAGAGGGCCUGAUAACUGGGGCAAGAAAACAUUACCUCUCCUUCCGAAGCGCCGUCCAACUCUGCUGGAAAUGUUACUGGCCCAGGACAUCCGACACGAAAGGAACGUGAUUUUGCAGUGUGUUCGAUACCUCAUCCAAAAUAACGUGUUUGGACUUAAUUUUAAAUCAGAACCACAAGCUGAAACAGAGACUAAACAGUCCUCUACAACUACAGCAGAGUCUGUGACGGACAAACUUGAUGAAUCUAAUUGUUCUUGUAGCUCUGACCUUCAGUUAGCAGGAGGAGAAGAAGAUGCAUUAUUAAUAGCCCAGGGUGAGAAAGCACCCGUGGAUCAGACUUCGCAGAUGACUCACGUGGCAGAUGAGGACACAUGGGAAACCCCAUCAAUUCAGUGUGAAGAAGCACUGUAGAGGAUGUCUGUUGUGGACAGUAAAGCAAAGGCUCACAUUUUCUACCUGACUGAUGCUUUCUAAAAGACACCAGUAUAACAAAAUAAUCAUUAAAGUACAUACUGAGAGCUGUUAAAACCACUUUUCUCAUCUGUUCUGCCCGAGGUAGCCAUUUCCUUGUGAAAACAGCAUUCGUCUUGAAUAAUCUGGUUUCCCCGUGGCAGAAAGGCAGCAGUGGCACAGAGUAUGACCUUCCCUAGAGUAUGUGCAGAUCCCCACUUUUGAGCUUCAGGGCUCUGAGUGUUUUACCUCGUUACGAAAUGUGUGUCAGUCUGUCACCAGAGCCAAGUAGUGUUGCGGUAGGAUGGAUCUUCCUUAUGUGAAAUCGUGGUCUGGUGUGUCUGGGAGUAUCUGAGUGUCCAGAAGUAUUUCAGUGUACUUUUGAAAUGGUAAUUCAGUCCGUAUUUUUUUUUUCUUCAGCUGUUAUUUGAUACAAUAUAUCCAAUAUAAAUGUAAUAUAUCCAGUAUAAAAUGAAGAAAUGAAAUGGAAGAUGUAACUGACCUGGCUCUA